AUGGCACCGAAAGCCGGCAGCGGAAAGUCAGUGAAAAAUGCGGCAGAGACAAUGGCUACUAAGGUAAUGGCUACAGUGGCUGCGAAGGGCGGCGACAGCAAGGCUCAGAAAAACAUCGUCAAGGACGACAAGCAACCAAAGCAGAGGCCACGGAGGAAAGAAAACUUUGCCAUCUACAUUUACAAGGUGUUGAAGCAGGUUCACCUGGAAACUGGCGUCCCGUCGAAGGAGAUAAGCAUCGUAAACAGUUUCAGAAACGACAUCUUCGAGCGUAUCACGGUUGAGGCCUCCCGUCUGGCACACUACAACAAACGCUCAACGAUCACCAGCCACGAGAUUCAGACCGCCGUCCGCCUUCUGCUGCCGGGAAAGCUGGCCAAGCACGCUGUUUCGGAGGGAACCAAAGCCAUCACCAAAUACACUAGCUCCAAGUGA